AUGGCGCGCGGAUCUACAUUUUCUUUGGCGGUGCCCGUUUUGGCGAGCAUAUACCAUGGCUUGAGGCAAAUUUCAUCAUCUUCUACUCCAAGUCAAUGCCAUGCGAUCCUUCCCAUGCAUUAUAUCUACGGAUGGCUUGGCAACUACUUCGACACAUACCUUCCAUCCCUACACUCUCAACCAGGCGUUAAAAUGGUCCGACUAGCCGGAGAGAAGAAUGCAAAACAUUUCACAGCAAUUGGGGACCGAAAACUCCUCAGAAGCGUUGGUCCUUCGCAAUUAUCGUCCUUGGCCAUGUUUGACAAAGAAGAGCAGUUAAUGGUAGAUGACGGAAAGCAAUCCCACUUCUGGACAGCCUACACCAUCAGUCUUCCUUCAAGUUACCUGACUCUUCGCUAUGAUAUGCAGUAUAUCGUUGAGUCUUACAGCCCUCAUGAAUUCUCACGACAAUUCAACUUUUACCAAGACAUACCCAGAAAAUUGGUGGAAGAAGCAUGUCCUCUCAAUCUACCCAAUGUCGUAGGACUUUGGCAAUCCUGCACAAAGCUUGGCACCAAGGCAAAACUAAGAAUUCCUGUCUCCUCGCACAAAGGUGAUCGUCACUGGAAUCGCCCCAAGAAGCAGAAAAACAUAGCCCAAGUCACACCCUUGGAGGAUAUCCACAUUGACACGGAUGGUUUUUUUCAAGAUGUGCCUGAUAGCAGCACACCUUUGGAGGAUUUAGAAGCACACUUAGGAGUCAACAACUUGAAUCUUGGUGAUGAACUAUACUCUCAAAGCAGUGGAGGUUCUAUAGAUGGUCCAGAUUCCUUUGGAUUGCUUUCUCGUAAGGGAAGAUCUGUCGAAGAAGCAUCACGUCAAAUUUCUCAUGAGAAGGUUCCUAUUGACAUGCCCAAAGUGCCAAUAAUAGAACCAAGACAAUUUCGAGUAAGACCUUUUGGUCCCACGUUAUCCGAUGUUAGUGUCUUUCAAGGGAUAGAUGUGAUUGCUAAAAGUCGGCGCAAGUAUAGCUCAGGGUUGUGGUCCCAACUUUCACAUAAGAUCGAGAAAACUAGCUUGGAUCAUGUCGACGAUAUUGAAGAUGAAGCUGAGAAGGUUCUCGAAGAGAUGAGAAACAUGAAAGUAAUGGACACUUCUCCGUUACAGCGCAACCUUAAAAGCUUCUUUGAUAAUAUUCGGGCAUACAAAAACCGCUCCACUUCUAUCAAAUCAUGUGCAAGUCAGCUGACAGAUAUUUCUCAAACUCUUUCUCAUGCUAAAAUCAGAGAAAAUGAGGUAAUUAAAGAAUCUGAACUUCAUCAAUAAGAAUUUGAAGCCCUUGAAGUUGACAGGGCUAAGUUGGAAAGAGCAUUGGAAGGCAUAGACACCAAGCUGAAGGUCAAAAAAGCAGCUGUUGUUGCAAAUGAAGGAGAAUUAUCUAAGGUGCAACUUAAGAUCUCUAACCUUGAAGAUAAGGUCUCUGCUAUCAAGAAUGCCA